AUGGCCUACUUGUCCAUGAACUUGCCUGAUACAUUCAAUGAAGCCAAGUUCUUGACAUUCAGCAUGUUGGUGUUCUUCUGUGUGUGGGUCACAUUCUUCCCUGUCUACCAUAGCACUAAGGGAAAGAUCAUGGUGGCCAUGGAAAUCUUCACCAUUUUGGCUUCCAGGUGCUCCUUAGCUGCAUCUUUGCCCCAAAGUGCUAUAUUAUUUUGUUCAGAGCAGAUAGGAACUCACUUUACUGCAUCAGGGACAAAGCACAUUCUAGAGGAAAAUUUCAUCUUGCAGACUCUUGGAGUUUUGUGCAACUUUAAGAAGGAUGAGUGCAUUUUUGAAGAAGAAAAACGACACAGUGAAGGAAAUGUGAUGAUUGCUGCAUUUGUUCCUUUUCUUGGUCAUAUUUCCCAAAGCAAAGUGAAUGAUUAUAUUCCUCCAGAAAAUCCAGAGACACAGCUCAGUUUCAAAAACUACCAGUAUAUGCUGGCCUUCAUAUUUGCCAUUGAGGAGAUAAAUAGGAACCUACAUCUUUUACCCAACACAUCUCUAGGAUUUGAACUUUAUAUUGUCCAAAGAAGGAAUAUUAUGAUGCAAGCUUUGACUUGGCUCACAGGAGUGGGAAUAAACAUUCCAAAUUAUACCUGUCAAAGGAAAAACAAGAUUGUUGCCGUACUAACAGGAACAUCCUGGACAGCAUCAGCGAAUAUUGGGAGACUACUGGGUCUCUACAAAUAUCCACAGCUUAGUUUUGGACCUUUUCAGACAAUCCUGUGUGACAGAAGCCAGUUCUCCUCUCUUUACCAGACAGCCACAAAGGACACAUUACUCUCACUUGGCAUUGCAUCUUUGAUGCUUCAUUUCAAUUGGACCUGGGUUGGACUCAUCCUCACAGAUAACAGUAAAGGAACUCAGAUUCUCUCACACUUCAGAAGAGAGAUGGACAGGACUGGAGUGUGUGUGGCUUUUGUAAAAAUGAUGCCAGAAUUCUUGACAUCCUUUAACAUGGGAUCUGAAGAGACUCUGAAGAUAAUCAUUAAAUCAACUGCAAACGUUGUUGUUGUUUAUGAUGACACUGAAUCUUCUUAUAUUAAAAUUCUUAGUCAGUUAAUGUUAUUACCAUGGAAAGUAUGGGUCAUGAAUUCUCAAUGGGAUAUAGGCCUGGUAGAAGAUUUUUUUCUGUUUGAUUAUUUGCAUGGAUCCCUCUUCUUUGCACAACAUCAUGACAAGAUACAUGAUUUUCAAAAGUUUGUAGAAAACUAUAACCCUUCCAAAUACCCAGAUGACAGUUUUCUUGCUUGUGUUUGGUAUGAACAUUUCAAUUGCUCUGUUUCUGUACCUGACUGUAAAAUAUUGGGUAACUGUCGACACAAUUUUUCCUUGGAAUAUUUGCCUGGAAAUGCUGGGUUCACGGAAAUGACUGAGGGGAGUUACAAUGUGUACAAUUCUGUGUAUGCUGUGGCUCACAGUCUCCAUGAUAUGACCCUGCAACAAAUACUACUUUAUUCUCAUCAAAUCUCAGAGAUGAAUGUAUACCCAUGGGAGCUCAACCCUUUUCUCCAAAAUGUCAAUUUUAAAAGUGGUGAUGGAAGCCAAGUCAUUUUGGAUUCACAAAGGAAAAUAGAUGCAGAAUAUGAUAUUUUUAAUUUUGUUAAUUUUCCAAAUGGCCUCAGACAAAAGAUGAAAGUUGGAGUCUUUUCUCCCAAGGCUCCACAGUGGAAACAACUGUCUUUGUAUGAUGACAUGAUACAGUGGGCUAUAGGAUUUACAGAGAUUCCUCAUUCUUUGUGCAGUGAGAGCUGUGUCCCUGGAUUCAGAAAAUCCCCCCAGGAGGGUAAGGCUGCCUGUUGUUAUAAAUGUUCGCCUUGUGCAGAAAAUGAGGUUUCCAAUGAAACAGCUGAUGUGGAUAACUGUGUGAAAUGUCCAGAGAGUCACUAUGCAAACAGACAGCAGAACCACUGCCUCCAGAAAGCUGAGACAUUUCUGGGUUAUGAAGACCCCUUGGGGAUGGUGCUCACAUGCUUGUCUCUGAGCUUCACUGUAAUCACAGCUGGUGUCCUUGGAGUUUUUGUAAAGUAUCAUAACACUCCCAUUGUCAAGGCCAAUAAUCGGGCUCUAACUUAUGUCUUGCUCAUCACUCUGAUCUGCUGCUUUCUCUGUCCCUUGCUCUUCAUUGGAUAUCCCAACACAGCCACAUGUAUCCUACAGCAGAGCAUAUAUGGAGGCCUGUUCACAGUGGCACUCUCCACAGUCUUGGCUAAAACUCUUACUGUGGUUCUUGCCUUCAAGAUCACAUUUCCAGGGAGAGUGCUGAGAUGGUUUAUGUUGUCAAGGGCCCCUAACUUCAUCAUCCCCAUAUGUAUCCUCAUCCAUCUUGUGCUCUGUGGAAUUUGGCUAAGCACUUCUCCUCCCUUUGUAGAUUCAGAUCCACAAUCGGAACAUGGACACAUCAUCAUUGUGUGCAACAAGGGCUCGGCUAUUGCCUUCUACUGUGUCCUGGGAUACCUCUGCUGCUUGGCACUUGGGAGCUACACUAUGGCCUACUUGUCCAUGAACUUGCCUGAUACAUUCAAUGAAGCCAAGUUCUUGACAUUCAGCAUGUUGGUGUUCUUCUGUGUGUGGGUCACAUUCUUCCCUGUCUACCAUAGCACCAAGGGAAAGAUCAUGGUGGCCAUGGAAAUCUUCACCAUUUUGGCUUCCAGUUUAGGGCUCCUUGGCUGCAUCUUUGCCCCAAAGUGCUAUAUUAUUUUGUUCAGAGCAGAUAGAAACUCACUUCACUGCAUCAGGGACAAAGCACAUUCUAGAGGAAAAUUUCAUCUUGCAGGUUAG